CCACGUUCAUUUCCCACGACCACACCACACAACCAAGCGAGCAAACCCUCCGCCGGAGUGCUCAGUCGCGACUCACGCCGCCGCCGCCGCCGCCGCCUCUAUCGCCGGCCGCGCUUCAAGGGAUCCAGAGGGCUUGGCGGCGCGGGGAUCUGCCUCCAGCCCUCCACAAGAUGGAGGAGGCCCCUGCUACGAGGAAUCCAGCGGCCAUUCUUACAGACGACCUCCUUAUCGAGAUCCUCCGCCGCCUGCCCAUCCGCUCCGUAUGCCGCUUCAAGUGCGUCUCGCGGUCCUGGCGCAAGCUCAUCUCCGACCCCGCCCACCGCAAGAAGCUACCCCAGACCCUCACCGGCUUCUACUACGCUAGCGUCAGCGGUGAGCGCUUCCCAAAGUGGGCGUACCACUUCACCGAUGUUACCGGGAAAGACGUUCCAUUCAUCUUGCCCUUCCCCAGUGCCGAUGUACGCCUCUUGGAUUCCUGCAAUGGCCUCCUCCUUUUCCGUUGCUUUCAGCCUGGUCCUCGUAAGGUCGAUGCACCGUUCCAUUAUGUUGUGUGCAAUCCCGCGACCCCGAAGUGGGUGAUGUUGCCGGGUCGCACUUUGGCUAGUGGCGACGCUAAAACAGCCCGCUUGGGGUUUGAUCCGGCAGUCUCCUCGCACUUCCAUGUGGUUGAGUAUGUGCUGGACGAGGGUGACUCCGUCACAGGGGUGCAGAUCUAUUCAUCCAAAACUGCAUCAUGGAACUUCAAGGAAAGUGAAUGGGACGACGACGUCUGUCUACAUAUUUUCUCUCAUAGUGUGAGAAGUGUGUUUCUUAAUGGCUUUAUGCAUAUGAUGACGCUCUGUCACGGGAUAGUGGUGGUGGACAUGGAGGGAACAGCAUGGAGGACAAUUCCUGUGCCAUCUGUUGGUCCAUUUGGCUGCAUCGAUCAAGCCCAGGGUCGCCUGUGUUUUCUUAAUGUUCAUGAUGCUGAUGCCUUCAAACUGUCAAUCUGGAUCCUUGAAGACCAUGGUACUAAUGAAUGGACACUGAAGCAUUCCGUCAGGACUCCACUGCUGUUUCCGCAGAAGAAUCCUCGAUUUGUGUUGGGUUACAAAGUGAUUACAGUUCACCCCGAAUGCAACAAUUUGAUCUACUUUGUUUAUGGGAGGGACGACACACUGAUGGCAUAUGAAAUGGACCGCAAGGAAAUUCAUGUUAUCCGGAAUCUCGGACAUGAUUACUGGGAGCCCUGUCUUCCUUAUGUUCCCUUGUUCUCGGAGGCAUUAGCAGAUGAGCCGUGAAACUGUUAGAUUUACUGCAGCUAUGUGUUUAUUACUGCAAUGAUGAAUUCAUAUUGGUGCAGUAAGGAGUAUGUGGCAUUCCUUCUAGCUGCUAAUUGUUCUAGCAAUCUGUAUGUUGAGUAGACUGUCAGAAAAGUCAAGUUCUGUUUUCCUUUGUUUUACUCAUAUGAGUAUGUCUCUCUUGUGCUAUUUUUGAUUUGGACCAAUGUUGUUUAAUUGUUGAGAUCUCAUGAACUGCCUUUAGGAAGGGUAACUGUGUAUUCUUUCAGUUAAACAGCUAUGUUAUUAAGGAUAACUGGAAUUGCCACCAAUGUUCA